CACGGAUUGGGUACAUGGACCCUCACUGGCCUGCGCAGACGGGAUGGAAGGUAGGUAAGUGAGUGGUGGCGGGAGCAAACAUCUGGAGAGCCUUCCAGCCCGUUGCCGCGAAAGGCAGGUCAGUAUCGACAACGAGAUCGCCAACACGGCAUCGGCAAUUCCAUGUACCUAAAUUUGACCACGGCCGCCCCCGCGGUGUUUCCGCCGUCGUGGGGCAUUUACAAGCCUUUCUUUAACUGCAGUGCGUCUUGAAUUAGUUGGAAACCUACUGACCACCGACGAGCAACCUGGGAUGGAAGCUGUGCAGCGCUUCAUUCCCUCAUCAGGCACCGCACCACUACCUACCUAGUAAGGAUCCAGGACCCCGGACCCCCUGUAGCAUCGGAGGCAGAGCCACUGCGCCGCAAUCCACUGGUCGGUGGUGGACUGGCAGUGGACAGGUGCUACCGCCUCACUGGGGUCGGGUUACCCUGACGGGCUGGCUGCACUGUCCACCUACCCGAGGUUUGCUGCUGCAACUCUGUCGACGAACGAUCCCAUUCCAUUGGAAGGAAGCCUUUGCCAUUGCCUGGCGACCCUCACUGCACGACCGACAGCUGUCAUCCUGUGUCAAUUCGGUGCGCCGUACCCGAGACCGCCAGCCGCGCGCGGCGAACGGAUGACUCCAAUCGGCCAGUCACUUUUCUACGAAUAUGUUAGUGGCUGACGGCACCGGUGGUGGCCUUGCAAAAGUACUGCGUGGGGUCGAGGAGGAUGCGGAGGAGGCUGCGGAGGAGGAGGAGGUGACUCGACCCGGCAUGGCGCUAUUCGCAGCCGGCUUCAAUCCGUGGAAUCAGCUCUCUCUCGGCCGCGACGCGGACUCCGGCCAUGAGUCCGAUGACCUGUCCUCCUUUGCAAAAGUCCUCGACGGCCGCCGCAUCCGCCGUCCGGUCGCCCGCCUGACUUACACGCUAGUGCACCGAGAUGGCGCGUGGAUCAGGGCCGGUGUCGGCUUCCGUGACGAUGGGCUUGACGACGCCCUUGAUGACGCCCACGCGUGUGCCGAGGCAGCCAACGGGGAACUGCUCAUCGUUUAUGACGAAGACACCCCUGCGGCGUCUGAUGCCAUCAUCGGCGGCCAUGAUCAGAAAUCAAAAGUCCUCGCCAAGUACGCCUCGAGACGCGACCUAAACGCCCAGAAAAGACAAGCGACAUGGCGCUGCAAAAGUCCUGUCGAGGCUGUCGCAGCGUUUGACGCCGGAUUCAUAAUCCUCUACAGCGAUGGCGCCGUAGCGACGCUUGGCGAUGCCCGUUUCCAGGACUGCCUCGGGCGAGAAGUCACCGACGAGUCACCCUCCACGGAGCCGGGCAUAGUACCCGACAUUGCCAGCCUCGGGGAGCCAAUCAAGAAGGUCUCGGCUGGAGGAUACACUCUCGCAGCACUGACAGAGAGCGGCGGUAUAUACGCCUGGGGGAUGCCAACGAGCGGGACGCAUCGUCGCCAGCAGGCCCUCCCCGGGCUCACCGGGAUCCCAAACUACAUCGAGGUCGACGGCGGCAAGGAUGUCCUCGACGUGGCUUUGGGUGAUUCGCACGCCAUGGUCCUCACCGUUGACGGAUCCGUGUACGUCGUCGGGAGCAAUUCCAACGGCCAGCUUGGCUUGGGUUCGACGGUAAAGCGCGUUGAGUCGUGGACGAGACUCAGCAUAUCCGAGGAGCACCAGGUAUCUGGCGUUGCUGCUGGGCCAAGGUCCUCGUUCAUCCUAACAGGUCGGCCACCUCCGUAAUCGUGGGCCAGCAGAAGCAAGGUCAAAACAGUCGCUCUAUUGAGCCUCAUGAUCCUCUAUUGUACAGACCGCUCCAAUUGCUCCUCAAAGGCCCAUUAUAGACUCGUCAGGUAAUCCUCAAUCUCCUGGGAGGUCAGCUUCCGGAAGCGCGGUCCGCUCAGCCCCUCGACACCCUCCAUGCCCAAGAGAUGCUCUGCGGGGGGGCCGACGAUGCCUGCUUCGCGGUUAGUGCUGGAUCACGAGCAUUGGAAGAAGGGAAGGGGCUUACCGAUCUCAAUCGAGUCGCC